GCCGCCUUCUGCACGCGUCGCUGCCCCGCCGGCGCCGCCUCAUCGCCGCAGCGGUCAGCGCUCCUCCGCAGCUGCGCUCCCUUGGGUUCUCUUCCGCCGGGGAGCCAUGUCUCCAACUCUUCCAAGCUGCUGUCGUGUUGAAACUCGCUCCUGGUGUUACCCCUGAGACUGACUUCAAAUGUGCUGACUAGCAACAGAUUACCAAAACACUCAGCGGGAAGAGCUCAUUCCAGAGCGAGGCUCUGCAGAAGGCAGAAGACAUGUACAGCCCAGGUGACAGGACGGGGCUGGAGAGGCGGAAAGAAUCGAGUGCGGCGCCCCUGGCGGGCAGUGGCUGCACUACACCCGACGAGCCGCCGCUUUUGGAUGACCCUUAUCCUUUCGCUCUGGUACUACGGCUUCGUGUCCUCCAGAUCGUGUGCGGCAUCUCCGCGAUGGUGAUGGGCACGGUGACGUUCAUCGAGGAGCAGGGCGCUCUCAACCUUGGUCUCGGUAUCCCCGCAGGGGCGGCCACCGUCGCCGCUGCAGGUGCUACUGUGCCUGGCGGCCGGCACGCUGACCGCCGAGUGCGCGCUGCUGCGCGUCGACUGGCGCUACGACCCCGACUGACCCCUGGAGGCGCUGGCGCCGCCGCCGCCAGUGUCUGUGAGUGUCGUGGCGCUGGAGGUCCCCGCCGCGGGAGGGCCUGGAUCCGUGGCGCCAGUCGGCACCUCCAAGGUGGCGUGGGCCGUCUGACACCGGGACGAGGGACAGCCCCUUCUGCUCGCGCAGUGCGGGCGCUACGGCUGAGAACCUCUACCAUCAGCGGCGCCACAGUGCAGUCUACUACUGCCCCACCUUUUCCAUCGUACCUGCUCUCUCUCCGAUGGCGAACGACUCUCUCUACCCACUGUCUUCAGCAAUCAGGACAACACAAGUGUUCUAAUUCACGUUACUUCUUGUUCCAACUUCUAGUGGAAUAUCUGUGAAGUUUAAUGCAAACCGAGUGGAGAUCAAAUCUAACGGCGACAAGAUUAAGGGUGACUGGAACUCUAGAUAUAAACCAGUGUAUUUCAUAAGGGCGUUGCGGAAAAUCGCGGAAUCUGAAGUGUUGUAGAAGUACCAAUCCUCUAUGUACAAUAAUAGGUCAAAAAGUAUUGCGCAGUAUACUGUAGCAUUAGUAAAAAUAUGUGUGAAAGUCCUAGCCGAUUAAUCCUUUCGAAACGUGUAUUAGCUUAUGGUCAUUUUGAAUCACUGCAUUGCUGCUAAAUUUAUUUCCACGUCACGAGUGCACGUUCGUUGACCUUUUGAGAGCGGUCAUUCGAAAACAUUUUGAAAGACGAGAGCGAUAGUAAUGUCAAACCCCUUCCCCAUAUCAUCCAUACUCACAGAAACCCGAUGGAACUAAGCCAGAAGUGUGGGGGCUUCUGAUUUCACAGAUGGUAUAAGUCCUUUUGUGCUGAGCGGGUACCUAGCAUUUUUGGUGGUGUAGGUUGAAGCGCCUUAAGUCUGGCGUAAGAUAAUCUGCAGCUUUCGCAUGGAUUAACGGUACUGUUCUGUGGUAAAAAUUCUUCUUCCAUCACGAAAGUACGGUUCGGGGUGAUUCAAAAAGAUAGGACAGCUUUCAAUUGUUUAUUACAGUAAACACUGAAACGUAGAAACAUAUUGCGUACCUCACUGGAUGAGAAAGGUACAGAGUUUUACGGUGGCACAGACACUAUGCUAUUAUACGCAACAUGAGUACCGUAACUUGCUCGAGAAACAUUAAAGCGUCAGUCCAUUACAUUCCAACAGGACCCUGUUUAUUGAAUUGACAGCUUCAAGAAUUCGAUUUCUCAGCUCUUGAAGAGUAGCUGCCAUAGGUAGGACAAAUACUCUGCCUUUUACUUACACCCACAGAAAAUUUUCAAGAAGUGAGGGACGGUGACCUUGGGCCCAAAAGCAGUGAACAACACUUUGUUGUCCAUUUCUUGCAGUCCAACGUUGUGGAAUGGUGUUAUUAAGAGAACUCCGCACCUCAAGCUCAAAGUGAGGUAGGGCAGCGCCAUGCAUAAAAACGAAAACAAUGGAAUCUGUGUGACACUGAGGAAACAACAAAUUUUGCAGCAUGGCCAGGUAUUCCUGGCAGUUUCCUCCGCAAGAAAGAAAGUUUCAUAAGCUUUGUGAACAGAAACUACACAAAACACGUCAAGGUUCUAAGUGUCUCAUGUUCAAUGACGACCCAGGAUUUCGUGAUACCUCUAAUUCUUACAUUAUGGUGGUUUACUUUACCCGAUGGAUCAAACUUCGAUUCGUCAGAAAAGACGAGUCGUUCGGAAUAAGAGUCCUCUGCCAUAUCCUUGAGAAAUGAAAUGCAAAAUUUAUACUUUCUGUCAUGGACGCCAUUUCUGCAGCAACUGCUACUUGUAAUGCUUCAUGUGAGGGCGUCGUUUCGGAACACGCCACACCGUUGUUUGAGGAAGUUGAAGUUCCUGACCUACCCGUCUUGUGGACUUCCGAGACCUCCGGGUGAACGCACACGCUCGACAUUUUCAUCAGCAGUGCGUGACCGACGAGUACUCUUCCCUUUGCAUGUGCAGCCAGACUCCAAGAAUUUUGUAUGUCAGUCAUAAUUCUGCUUGUGCAGAGUCGGCUUCUUGUUGAGCCGACGGCAGCAUGCACGUUGCAUUUGAACAGUGGCUUGACUUAACACAAAUUUCAGCACACGAAGUAAUUUCUCUCGUGGUAUAGUCGCCUUUCCGCUACAAACGAACAACAGCGCAACUGUUUCGAAACUUGCUCUACGCAGUGACAUGAGCUAUGUGUUUCUGUCUUUUACUGUUUAUCUAUAAUAAACUGAAAUCUGAGCAUUCUUCUUCAGUCAGUCAGUAUAUUAAUCAUCUAUAGUUACAAAAAAAAAAAAAAAGAAUGUCACCAGCGAUCAGCUGUGUGACCCGGCACAUCGCUACUCUUCUCGAGGAAGAGAAACUAUCUGUGGUAUCCAAUUAGGACUACAAAGAAACUGUCAAGUAUGGUCACACGGCGAUAAUUCCUGAAAGUCGGCCCUAAUAUUCAAGUGUGACACUGCGUGUCUGUAAUUGGAAAGGUGGUAGGGCUGAAUAAUGGUCGGCCUUGGGAAUACUUAAGUCUGCCUUUAACAUAGCCUUCACCUCUCAGUUCUGGAAAUUCUUGAGGAAUCACACGUGUCUCGGACUGCAUUUGAAAUUUUCGGUACCCUUUCCAGGUAGAGUUUCCGGGUUAGUUUGCUGACACGCGAGUCGCGAAGUGACGUCCAAUCGAAGAAGUAACACUGGGUCGUUGAGCAACACGGGAUUGUUAACAUUCCAUGAAAGCAUUGGACACCAUUCCUAAGAAAGCCUUGAAUAAGAUCUUUAUGUACCGUCUUCUUCAUUUGCAAUGUAUUGCCCUAUCGAGCACAGUUUUUCUGUGAACUCAUAGAUUAACACCAAGACAGAUUAUUUUUCUUGUACCGUUAUCAUCUGUCUCAGGGUGAGGAAUUUGUCGUUUGGAAGAAAUUCGUUAAAGCUUGACCGGUUUUAUGAAAAUGACUGCAGCGGUGUACUGCUCAAUGGAAUGUCUCUGGUACUGAAUGAAGCAACCAGUAUAUCGAAUGCAGCGUUGUAAGAGACAACUUAUGUUUCAUAUGUUGUUUCGAAAGACUGGCAGCAGUUUACUGUAUGUAGAUGAAACUGAAUUCUUCCCGUUAGCAUGUGAAUAUGGUCGCCAUGGUAGGGUCUCAAGUAAAUCGACCAUGAUGGAAAAUGUACAGAAACAUUAAAAUUAUAUUUGAUUCAGUGAAUAUCCGUUACUUAGAACUAGAAAACUUAAUCUCCCUAGUUCUUAUCAUUCCUAAGCGAAAGCGGCUCUUCUAUUUUCCUAACCUUUGUACAAGACAAUAACAUAUAAAUGACACAGAGGUUGUACUGUUUCACUGAAAAUGAUCUUGAAGACAUUUUUCGUUAAUGGGUGUCUGUACGGGAGUGCUUUAUUUGAAGAGAAGUUACUGUCAAAUGUUAAGUGAAGCACUAUGCGUGACAGUUGAUUGGAAUGAAGGAACGGUACAAAAACCUAGUUAGUGGAAGUGUGUGUUUUAUUUUUAAUUCUUUCUUAAGAAUAAUGUAGUGACUAAUAUUUGACGGGAAUUUCUAACUAACUGUUACGAUAAAAAAGAAAUAUGUGUAUUUAUAUUUGUGAAGUGAACGUGAAUAUUUGAUCUUCUGCACUUGUAGUGUACGGAAACUCUGUAAGCUGUAGUUCUGCUGUACUAUAUAGAGAAGAGGACACGCUACUAUGACCAUAUACGCAUAUCAAUAUUAUAUAGAAUUAAUAUAUUCGAUUGAAGAUAACUCCAUUGUGUGUGUACUUCCUACUGUGAAAUAUACUAUUCACUGCGAA